AUGGAGAUAAAUUCAUCGCACAUUAAUGUUGAUGCUAUCAAUUUAGGAGGGGUUUCUACUGACGAAAACGGUUUUAUAACAGAUUUUCAAGCAGUUCGUUUACUCUAUUUCGUCGAUUACCAUAAUUCCAUUAAACAGGAAAAUUCGCAUAAAUGGAAUGAAGAAUUUCUGAAAACAGUUUCACAAAAUUCCUUCGUUUACAUCCGUCUAUCAAAACUGAGUGGAAUUAGUGUCGAUAAUGAAAUUAAUAAUAUAUUUGUGAAUAUUAUAUGGCAUAUUAUUAUUGGUGGAGCAUUUAUGAUAACAUUUGCAUGUGUAAUUUGUCUGACGAAGGACUGGGUGACGAGUAAACCGCUUAUUGGUGUUUCCGGAUGUAUCUCAUCUUCGUUUGCUGUGGUAACUGCCUUUGGUCUGUUGCUCCUCUGCGGCAUGAAAUAUACCGAAGCAAAUUUGAUUGUUCCUUUUAUAGUUGUAGGUAUCGGAUUGGAUGACUCAUUUGUUCUGCUAGCUGCUUGGAGAAAAACUAAUCCAAAAGAUUCUGUUGAAAAGAGAAUGAGUGAGACGUACUCCGAGGCUACCAUAUCGAUUACCAUAACGUCUUUGACUAACGUUGCUUGUUCGUUAAUUGCGAUAACUACUCCUUUCGGAAUUCUCCAAAUUGCCGGAAGUUACAUGGCUUUAAGUAUUUUCAUAGAUUACAUCUAUCAAGUUACAUUCUUCGGCGGAUGUCUUGCACUGGAUGGUUAUCUAGAAGCCAAGAACUUGCACGCAGUACUCUUCGUUCCUGUUAAGCUGGAUGAACGACCAUCAGUUGUACAAAGGAUCGACGAUGCUUUCGAUGAAAAUACAUUCUAUUCACAAUAUCGAGAUAGAAUUCAGAUAAUUGUUACCUCAUCAUUGGAUUACUCCGAUCCAAACAUUCAGAAUAAUAUAGAGAAAUUAACGACAGAACUGGAGAAUUCUCCUCAUGUGGCCGGAAGUAAUUUCACGGAAUCGUGGCUGAGACUAUAUCUGAAAUUCAUUAAAGAUCCACAGUUUUGGUUGUCUCUCAAAGGAUACAAUUUGAGUCGACCCGAAGACUUCACCGAUGCUUUACGUAGAGUAUUUCUUAAAUUCAAGUGGGCCAAACGCUUUAACAAGGACAUUGUCUUCAGUGACGAUGGCACUAAAAUAUUAGCUUCCAGAUUUUUUAUUCAGACGAAAUUGGUUGAUAAUUCGCUGAAAGACAAUGAAGUUUUUAUUAAUGUGUGGACUGUAAUAGAUAGAUAUAAUCUUCCGGUAUAUUGUUACAAUAAUCGAUAUAUUUUCUUUGAUUAUAUUCUUGAAGCAGUUCCCGUAACAACUCAAUCAAUAGUCAUCAGUUCUUCCGUUGUAAUUUUGAUAUUUAUUAUUUUCAUACCAAAUUUGUUUUGUGCAUUUUGUAUUGCGCUCACAAUAGCUUGUAUUGAAGUAAUAACUAUAGGAUAUAUUUCUGUAUGGGGUGUUCCACUUCAUCCAAUAUUGACAGUUUUAUUAAUAGUGAUCACAGGAUUUUGUACAGAUUAUGCAGCUCAUAUAUCGUACGCGUAUGCAAAGAGUAAAGGAAAGAAUCCGAAUGAGAAACUGCGAGAUUGUUUGGACGUUGCUGGUCACGCGAUUGUGCAAGGUUGUCUUUCAUCACUUUUGGGAGUUUCUACGUUAAUAGUCGCUCCGUACGGAUUUUUCAAAGAUAUUUAUGCUGUCAAUGUGGGACAGUUUCUUGUUAUUAUUAUGUAA